CAAAGGAAAGUCGAAAGAGGACAAGAAAAUAAAUCAACUUGCGUGACGUGAGUGGCCAAGUUUGUAUUGUAAAAUGGUAUGAGUGUACUAGGACUUAACGUUAUACUACUAAGAAACAGAGUCGAGCUGUAGGCCUAGGCUUACUCAGACACUUUAUUUUGUGUUGUCAUUGUAUCAGGAAGUGGAUGGCAGAUGGAAGGAAUGGUUCAACUUAAAGACAACGUGUUUUACUUUUAGUGAAAAUUGAGGAAUUCCAUAUGAUAACACUUGCCUUCCAGAUAAGAUAAAGCAAUCUUGUUUUAGUCUACCUAGACUCGUUUGUUCCUGGCUGUGUAAAGUUCAUAUUGCAGUAACGUAAAUGGUGAAUAAAUAUAAGAUAGUUUCAGUUGUGACAUUUUUGUAUGUGGAGACAGAAAGUUUAUUAAACAAUGGGUGUUUCUGGUUUUUGCCAAUAUUUUACAUGUAGUAUCUCAUUGUGUUUUGUGCUGGUAAACUUAAGUACAUGUGAUAAAUGUGGAGAUGUUGGUCAUGAAGUAGAAAGUGGUGUGAUCCAUUUACCAAAAUUUGUUGGUGGAAAUAUUGAGAACAUUAGUUGCAACUGGAGAUACACUGCACCAUCAGGACUUCAGUUUCUGCUGAAGGUAGACAGUGUCCAUCUUCCACCUUUGGAUCUGAGAAGCUCUUCACUACAUAUAUAUCUUGAUGAUAAAUGGUUUCAUAUUCCCAGAAGUUGUGUCAAGUGUUUAUCUGAGGAAGUUUCAGGAGAAUUAUUACGAGUAGUUUACACGUCAGCCAUAAUACCAUCAAUACAUGUAAAUAAUUCUUUUUCAUCUGACUCUGAUACAACUGGAGCUUUUCAGAUACGAUUCAAAGCAUUUGACCCUUAUGUGUGUGACAGAGCCAAAACUCCAGAAAAUGGGUACAUUGAAGGUAAAGAGAGAAAAGUGGGUCAGAGUAUACACUAUAAAUGUAAUCCUCCUUAUGAACUAGUUGGAACAAGUGAAUCUCAUUGCUUGAUUUCUGAGCAUUCUCCUGUUCCUCAGUGGACUGGAAAAACCCCUUCCUGUGUUGUUCCAAACUGCAAUGGUGAAACAGUUCAUAAAAGGGCAGGUUUGGGGUCUAUUGUCAACCCCGGUUAUGCAUCUCAUGUCUUGUUAUCAUCACAACAAUGUAGAUGGGAAGUUACUGCAGAAAUUGGGAAACAGAUCAGAGUCACAGUUAAAUGGAUAAAAUUCCCAGAAAAUCAACAUUUAAAUCAUGCUCAGCUUUACCUCUAUGAUGGCAACAUCAGUUCAGUCAUAGCAAACAUAACCUCCAUUUUGGAUAGAAAGACUAAUGUGAUUACAACAAGAACUAACAAAUUGAUUGUGACCUAUUCUACAGAAGCAGACACUAAAUAUAGGCAAGAGGCUGGAUUUCACCUGAUGUAUACUAGCAUUGAAACAACUUGUCCUGAUCCAGGUCAACUUCUCAAUGGAAAAGUUAUUGGUUAUAGUUUUACAGUGGAGUCAAGCAUUGCAUUUCAGUGUGAGCCAGGUUAUUCUCUUCACGGGAACAAUACUGCUAACUGUUUAUCUAAUGGGGACUGGAGUGUUCCAAAGCCAUUAUGUCACCAAACCACCUCAUCUACUGAAGAAACACUGAAUAUAUCUACUUCUCAACUCAACAAUAACAGUCCUUCUUUUAAAGAAUCUUCUAAAAGUAAAGCCAAAGCUAUCCCAGCAAUGAAAGAAGUGCCCCAGAAAGUACCUCUUGGAUCGAAGUCGAAGAAUGAACAGGCCCAAUGGAAGGAACAAACAAGUCCUCACAUAAAGAAUGUUGAACCUGAGGAUGUUGAGCAUUCUCAACUAAUCUCGUCCAAGAAGUCUGGGAGCAAGUCGAGUCCUGGUAAGCAGCAAGUUGUUCCGCCCAAGACGGAUGACAAGGAAGACCUUAAAGAUGACCAAGUAGUUAGACUCCACGUUAACCCUCGAGUCCAGCCGCAACCGGAAUCUCAGUUGACUUCCGAGCACGCUCAGGUGGGAGAAACUAAACGUGGAGACAGUGAUUCUGGUUUGACCUUUACAAUGCUAAUGGUAAUUGUCGGGGUCAGUAGUUUAGUUGGGGUUUUGGUGAUUCUUGUAAUAGUAGUGAUCGUGUAUCGGAAGAAGUAUCCUGUCCGGAUGAGGUUCGGGCGGAAGUUUUCCACUUUUGAAAACCCUAUGUAUGUUCGGAAAGACGCUCAAGAUCCUAAAGAACUGAGACACCUUAACCCAGAAUAAGAGAAACCAUUGAAAUUUGUAUUAUAGACGCUUGUGAUUCAUUGCGUGUCGGAGAAAAUAAACUGACCAUCCAACCUGAUGAAUCACAUAAUCGUACAGUGGAUUGUUUCAAGUCUUCAGUUCUUAUUAAAACUUUGUGUUGGAAAAAAAUAGUUUCUUCUGAUGCUACGUGACUCAAGUGCGAUAUGUGACAGAAAAGUCCUAUUGUUCAGUAUUAUGAAGCAUGAUAAACUUUACAUUGGUUCUAGGUUAGAGGGGAAGAAAAUACUACGUGUAAAACUAAUGUCUACACUUUUACAGGUUUUUUUUUGCACAGUAUUUCGUUGCUUUACUCGCGUUUAAAAAUCUAAAAAUAUAUUUAAUAAAACAGAUGCAGCUAUUCUUUUGUGAAAGAGACAAUGAUGUAUUAAUUUGCAUUUAAUAUAAAUUUCCUUUUUUUUAAAUUAAGUGAUGUGUUUGAUAUCGCAAAAAUUUUUGAUUUUUUGAAAAUUAAAUAAUAGUGUUUUCGUUAUUGUUCGUUUUAUUUUUAUACUAAUUAAUCCAUUUUUGGAAUCAAUGUAAAUUCGUCUUCCAAAUAAAAAAAACAAAAACAAAUUUUAUUUUAACUGUAUGCUGGGAAAGCGUUAUCGGAAACUUUUACCAAAACUUUCGUUUCUCAAAAAUAAUAUAUAUACUUUUAGCUAUAAAGUUGCUAUUCAAGGAGAUGUUGGGUUGUGCAUAAACCUUAGUGUUCUUUAUUAAAGUAAACGAAGCGUAUCUAUUCAAGGAGAUGUUGGGUUGUGCAUAAACCUUAGUGUUCUUUAUUAAAAUAAACGAAGCGUAUCUCAUCUGUUGUUUGGAAUAAAUAAUAUUGUAUGUGUUGUUAUUAUUAUUUUUUUUGAUAUUUUAAAGUAAGUGGAUUAGAAAUUACGGAAUAAAUAUUUUCUAUAUAUCUUAUUUUGACUAUCUUGUUUUAAUAUUUAACUGCUUUUUAAAUAGCUAAGGAUAUUGGUAACUUUGAAUUUUUGAUAUUUUUUUUCCGAACUCUUCACCUUUUGUUUGUUUUUGUUUGACACAUUUAAACUUUUUUUUAAGUAUUUGGAAAUGUUAUGCUGAUCGAUGCGUACAUAGUUGUUUAAUAUCUAGAUUAAAACCAAAUUUUUGUAGCGUUACUUUUUAAUAUUGUCCCUAGAUGGCAUGACUUGAUUAUGUAUCUAUAUUACGUGAGAAAUUGGUUUUUCAUUUGUUAUUAUUAAUUCAUGUAUUGGAUAUGGUUUUAUGUUGAUGUAAAUCCUGUGAACAUAAUAUCUAUGAUGAUUGAUUAUGUUGUGUAUUAAUGUUAGUGAAUUUGUAACUAACUUUGAUUUAUUUGAGUUAUAGUUAAUAUUUCUUUCAAUGAUGGUUUCAAAUAUCCUAAUAUUUGUAAUAUAAUUUAUAACCAAAUACCUGAGACAACCAGUAGUGUACUUUAGUUUGCCGUGUGUUUUUUUAACACAUUUUGAAUUACCUAAUGUAUUUUUUGUGUUUUAUUGUUAAACGUCUCGAUUGUUUUGAUUAAUAGUUGGAAAAUCUCGGUAGCACAAGGCUAUAGUGCUUUGUGAUCAAUCAUUCAGCAGUGUUAGGUGAUGUUAGUUAUGUUCUAACAGAUACGAACAUUUCCGCGAAGAUACAUUGUAACAAACUAUUUAAACGUACAGCUUAAGAAAACAUUCCAAGUCCAGCUUAUUGGUUGGUUUAAAGAGUUUGGAAUUUUGAGGCGUGAGAUGUAUAAAAAAUUGAAACUAUAGAGCUAGAAGAAUUUAGUGCAACACAUAUAAUAAGAAAAAUAUCUUUCAUAAAGCAUUUGAAGACAAAUUUUAUUUUCGUUAUAUGUUAUCACCUUCAGACACUUUCUUAUAGUUUACUCGUAUAUAUAAUCGAGACAAGGAAAAACAUGCUUUACUAAUACGUGUAUGUUUAAUACUAGCUUGUUUAAUUUUUGUAUCAGGACUCGAUUGAAAAUAUGUGGUAUAUCAUGGUAUUGAAUAUUACUACCUGAGACACGUACGAUUAAUGUCGUCAUGAUUAUUAAAAUAGUAUUCUCUGAUUAUUCAAAUUGUUAUUUAGUACGUGUUUGUUACAGCACUACUGAUAUAUCAACCAAGUUUAUUAUAAUGCUGUUGCAAUCAAAAGUUUUCUCUUUGAAGUAAUUACGUGGGGAAAAAUGCGAAAGAUGUUUACUCUCUCUCUCUUUUAUUUAUUGUUUACUUUUGUGGUGACCUGUGUUAAAUUCCUUUUUAUUCCAAAAAUUAAUUUGUGUAUUAAAACUAAAGUAUAUAUGUAUACAUAUUUAUAGAUAUGAUUACAGGCUUAUAUCGGUGGCCAUUACCUGAAAAUAUUUAUCUCGCAUUUUUCGGUUCAUUAACGUUCUGAAGACAAUAUACUUGAAUCAUGAUAGUUCAGAUCUUUAUCUUGUAGUGUUUGCUAAUGUAUUACUAGUGAUAUGUCCAAACUCCAAUGCGCGAGGAAAUGAGUGUCAUUUAACACAAUAAAUUAGAAUGAAUUUCAUAUGUAAUAUUUGAAACAACUAGGUUCAGAGUUUUAAAUAUUAAUGUAUACAAUGCUCGUGUCAGGGAAAUUUGUAACAAAGUGUAUUAUUGUUUAUACUCGCGUUCUAUUCAGUAUUGGGAAAACUAAUUUUGAAUUAUGUUUGAUGAUUUGGAUUUUGACGUGACAGAUAUGAAAAUACUUCCAGCUCAAUUAUAUUUAUUCGAACAGUGUUUCUGGUAUAAAAAUCUGGAAAUAUAUGUCGAUAUUAAAUGCAUUUAUAAAAUUCGUUGUUUGAAGCUUGAAUGAAACUGUUUUUGUCAAAAUGUUUCAAUAAAUUCACUUCUUUCAACAGUAA